AGGCGCUCACAGACUCGCCGCCGAACUGCGCUGAAGAAGAGCGAGAUCAUGUACAAGGUUGGUGGCGCUGCUGCAGGACUCUCAGUCGCUGUCACAGCCAUGGCCUCGACUGCAUCGGAUCCAGAAAAACCUAAAGAAGAAAUCAACCUUGACGAGCUCUCCCUAUACACAACCCCUCAGCAGAAGUUCCACUAUUUGGAGCCAGAGAAAGGAAAGAUGGAGGAGAAUGUGACCAAGCUGAGGAAAAUGGCUGAGCCUUAUAUAACGUGGUGUCAGGGCGUCUACGGAGUGAUGAAACCCAAAGUAGACAGAACUGUUCAGUUUGGCCAAGACGGUUAUGCGUACGUGAGCAAUCCUCCUCCUGAGUUUUAUCCCAGAGCUGGAGUCAUCGCAUUCGCCGGCAUCCUCGGCCUGUUUCUGGCAAAACGCUCCAGGAUGAAGAGGCUGAUUUACCCGACAGGUUUGAUGACUCUUGGUGCUUCUAUGUACUACCCUCAGGAAGCAGCUACUAUCGCAAAGAAUACAGGUGAUGCUGUGUAUGAAUUCACUCUUCAGACGUAUGUCACCGUUGAAAAUCUCAUUAAAGGGAAGUCUGCAGCAAAGUCCGAGGAGAAGGUGAUAAAGGCAGAGGAAAAACCGGUCAGUGGAGAGACGAACACAUAGGUAGAGAUGACAUCGUAAAAGAGCUUCUGCUUUUGUACUAGCCACGCCCCUUAGCCCAUCAAUCUGUGCAGAAGGGGCGGGGCCUAGUGAAGCACUUUUAACCUGGAGUGUGUGGGUGAGGCCACGAAACGGCAUUGCAGCGUGUAUUUAUGUACAAACAUCAAUAAAAACCAUUUACAUAUUUCA